AUGGCCGAGCCGGAGGCCGGUGUCACCGCAAAUACAGACCAGCGGCCGCGAUUCGACCAGGAGGAGGCGGAGGAGGAAGCGGAGGAGGAGAAGGCCGUGGAGCGAACCCCGGAGGAGCUUCCACGGGUUCCAUGCCACAUCUUCCUGCCCGUUGUGCCGGCAGCACGUGUGAUCGGGAAACAGGGCGCCAACAUCAAGGCUAUCCGGGAGCAGAGCGCGAUGCCCAGCAAGUUCGGGCCCGAGCUGCCGCACGAGAUGCAGCGUCGGGAGGAUCGGGUGGCCGUGAUCACAGGGGAUACCGCGGCCGUGCAGGAGGCCAUCUCGGGCGUCCUGGAGCGGGUCUUCGAUCGGUCAGGGCUGCCCGACACUGCUGGAGCCUCAGCCAGAGAUAGAGACUAUAUCGUGGAGGUGCUUGUGCCAGAGAAGAGUGGGUCACACCUGAUCGGCCAGAAGGGGGACCGUGUCAAGGCUCUUUGCCAGGAGACGAGGUGUGAUAUUCGAGUGGGUCAGGAUCCGGUUUGCGGUUUGGCCGAGCAGAAGAAGGCCCGAUGCGGCCAAAAUUUCAAAAGUCGUCGCUGCGUUUGCUGCCCACAGGUUCGAAUCAGUGCCACUACGAUGCCUGAUGCGGCUGCAGCCAUUUGGAGGCCUGGAGUGAAGCUCCAAGAAGACUGCAACGCCCUGCGCCCCGAUGUCACGUCUGGCCAGAUUGCUGGAAGUUCUCGGCGAGCUGAUGGCAGGCGCGACGGCAUGGCCGGCAUGGCCGGCAUGCCUGGUCAGAGCUUAAAGAACGGAAGCUCUUGA